AUGCCCGAGGUGCUAUGGAAAUUGUUUCAAAAUCGUGCGCUUACUCUCGCUGAAACCAUACUAUCCUUGAUCCCUCAACCAUCGUCGGCGACGGUUCAACUCCGGUGCACGGGUAGUCAGCCUUGUCUCCACUGCUGUAGCCACGGUGACCGUAUGUCGUUUCUGCUCAGAGAAGACGAUCCAUCUGACUACUGUAAGCUCCUCAAUCAAUGUUUUGUGGUCGCCUCGGACAUUGCGGCAUCUCCUCCUUAUUUCCAUCAUCAUUCUCGUUGGUCUCAACUAGAGAUUGUUACAAGGACCAUUGAAAUGAUGUUACGUGAGAAAACACCCACAUCCACAGAAAAUAUGAUAUGGGCAGGUUAUAACAAGGUAAGCUACUUUUAUGGGGUUAUAGCUGAACUUCUUAAUCGUUCAAGCAUCAUUGUAGAAGCUCUUACAUCAGCUUCAUGGUGUCUGCUUUCAAAGAGGGUAGGAGAUGGGCUAAUGGUGUAUCUACUGAAGAAUUUUUCAAUAUUCAUUCAAGUGGAUCAACACAAGCACCAUCAGGUAGCAGGAACUCCCAUUAAUGACACGUGCUGGUCCUGCUGGAAACUCUUGAAAUAUACAUCCGAUUCCAUAAGUUGUAUCACUUGUUAUGGAUGCAAUGUGAAGGCUUCUGUAACCCAAUGUGGACUUCACAUGAAACACUGCUCCAACUUCAACACCACUUCUACUUCUAAUGAGGAUUCCAUCAUAGUUCCUGAAAAUGGAGCUGGUAGGAAGCGAGCAAGAGCAUAUGCAUGGCUACACAGGCAUAAACGAAGGAAGUUGUUAUCCCAACAUCACAAGAUGUGUGAUCAUGCAGCCUCUACUUCACCUCACAAGAUAUCAUUCUCUCCGUAA